AUGAGUGGGGAUCCAAAAGAUACCCCUCCCAAACCUAUCAUCGAAACGAAGGCUGAGAAGAAAGAAAGGCGCAGACGAGAGAAGGAAGAGCUUCUGGCAUACAAGGUUGAACAAGGUAUCGCGCAAUGGAAUCCUGCUGAAAAUCCAAAUGCUACCGAAGACCCGUAUAAAACUCUCUUCGUUGCUAGAAUAAAUUACGAAACCUCGGAGAAUAAGCUGAAGCGAGAAUUCGAAACCUACGGAAAAAUAAAAAAGCUGGCCAUGAUCCACGAUCUGAACGGGAAGCCACGUGGUUAUGCUUUCAUUGAAUAUAGCGAUAAAGCGGAAAUGUCAAAUGCUUACAAACGUGCGGAUGGAACCAAAGUUGAUGGACGCAGGCUAAUUGUUGAUUAUGAGCGAGGCCGUACCCAGAAAUCGUGGUUACCGAGAAGACUGGGAGGUGGUAAAGGAGAUACUAGGAGAGCGCGUGAAUCACGCGCAGCAAUGGAAGAACGCGAAGCAGCCGGUCUACCUCCUGUGGACGGUUUUCGUGAUCGUGAUCGGGACAGAGCCGACUCUCCUCGUGGACCAACAAGGGAUAGCUAUCGUGAUCAUGACAGGAAUGGCUCCUCCAGACAUCGUAGUCGUUCUCGCGACCGUAGUUAUGGAAGCCGUGGAGGUGAUCGUGGAGAUAAUGGUUAUGGGCGCGAUGAUCGCCGAAGUGGCGGAUUCCGAGGACCUCCUCCUUCGUAUGGUGGACACAGGAGAUGA